AUUCAACCUUAAACAACCAAAGAAUUAAAAAAAGACAAGAUUUGAUCGUCCUAAAGGAAACUACAUCUCAGAUGGAUAAGUUGAAGAUAGCUGAAUGGGGAGAGAAGUUGAAGACAGGAGGAGCUCAGAUGAGCAGAAUGGUGAGUGACAAAGUCAAAGACAUCCUCCAAGCUCCCACCUUGGAAUCCAAAAUGGUUGAUGAAGCUACUCUGGAGACUCUUGAGGAGCCCAACUGGGGAAUGAACAUGAGGAUAUGCGCUCAGAUCAACAACCAGGAGUUCAACGCCACGGAGAUCGUUAAAGCCAUCAAGAGGAAGAUCUCUGGUAAAAGCCCUGUGAGCCAAAGGCUGAGCCUUGAGCUUCUUGAGGCUUGUGCUAUGAACUGUGACAAGAUUUUCUCUGAGGUUGCUUCUGAGAGAGUUCUUGAUGAGAUGGUUUUGUUGGUUAAGAACGGUGAAGCUGAUUCAGAGAAUAGAAGCAGAGCUUUUCAGCUUGUUAGAGCUUGGGGACAGUCUCAAGAUCUUGCUUAUCUUCCUGUUUUCAAGCAGACUUAUAUGAGUUUGGAAGGAGAUAAUGGUUUGAACACUCGUAACGAGGAGAAUCCAGUGGCGGGACAAAGCUCUUUGGAGUCUUUGAUGCAACGGCCGGUUCCAGUUCCUCCACCUGGUAGCUAUCCUGUUCCUAUUCAAGAACAGGCUCGUGGAGAUGAUGGUGGUGGUCUUGACUAUAAUUUUGGGAACUUGUCGAUUAAGGAUAAGAAAGAACAGAUUGAGAUUACACGGAACAGCCUCGAGCUGCUCUCUAGCAUGUUGAACACUGAGGGGAAGCCGAAUCAUACAGAGGACGAGCUAACGGUAAGCUUGAUGGAGAAAUGCAAGCAGUCACAGCCGUUGAUUCAAAUGAUCAUAGAGAGCACAACAGACGAUGAAGGUGUUCUUUUUGAGGCUCUCCACGUGAACGAUGAGCUCCAACGCGUUCUAUCUAUUUACAAUGAAACUAUGAAGAAGGCGUCCGUGGUGGAACAAAAAUCAUCGGGAAGCAAAGAUGCUGGUCCUCCGAAACCAACAGAAGAAGAACAUCUUCCUGUGAAGCAAAAGGAUGUUGAGGAUGGAAAACAUGCAGAAACACCAGGAUCCUCCAACAAGACUGUCAAAGAAGACAAGGAGGUGAAAAUAGAACUCGGGUUAUCGAGUGAUGAAGAUGAGAAAUGAGCAAGUCUUAUGUUGGGGAAGAUUUGUUGUUCUUUUAGUGUUUUCUUCUGCAAUGUACUUUCGACUUUUAUAUCUGUGGAACCUUGUUUAGCUUCGUUUUCUUUGCUCUUGACAUUUUAAAAAACCGGAGGUGAGUCCUCACCCGGCACCGUAGGUAUUUAUGCGAGGUGUUUUGGUUAGCUUUUAUGGUAUUUGAUGAUGCAUAACAGGAGAAAGGUAUUUUCAUCCACAAAAACUCUACUCCCUCCAUUUCCAAAUACAAGAUGU